CCUUUACAGGUCGAUUAUCAAAAAUCUAUUCAUAGCUCUGAUACUUUCACUGAUUAUACUGAUGGAAGACAAAAGUUAAAAUUUCAUUCCUUUCCUGCUGAAAGUUUAGAACUUGGUGAUUAUUUACUACCUGGUAUAUUUGUAUCUGAGGCUAAAUUUACUCAAUCAGUAAAAUUUUCUAUAAGUUAUCAAAAACGAAAAAUAAUUGUGGAAUUUGGUGUUAAAGAAUUUCAUGAAGAGAUCCACACCUUUAAACUUGAAAUCAAUUUUAAGGAUAUACUUAAUGAUAUUUAUUCUGAGCUUGACGCUUCUCAACGAAGAUCUCGUGGUUCAAUUACUAUAGAAAAUAAAUAUCCCGCAAAAUAUUGGGUAUUAGAUAAGAAUCAAAAAUCAAAAGAUAAAUUUAAUUGGUGUAUUGAAGAUUCUUGGAAACGUAUUAUUGAAAUUAAUACAAAAGAUGUUAAUGAAAUGCCUAAUUUUCAUAAAAAUAAUGAACAACCUGGUAAAUGGCUCGUCUUUAGAAUAACUUUUGAUUUGGAUCAAAUUGGUAAAAAUUCUAAUGAAGGUCUUGUUCGUUUUAAAGAAUUAAUUGAGAAGGCUAGUGAAUAUAAUUUGGCUCCUAGAACUUCAAAUAUUAGUAAUGUUCCAUUAAAAAUUGUUGGUGGUGAUGUUGAAUUACGUAAACCUUUUGUGAACCGUUCAAUGUUAAACUUUGAAGUUAAUUAUAUGGUCGAAUGUAAUAUUUCUUUUAAUUACCUUAAUGAUUAUAACCUUUGUGAAGAAUUCUUUUCUUUAUUAUCUAAACAACCUACUAGAGUCUCUAUUGAUAUUUUGGAAGGUAUUUAUUCAAGGAAGAAAAGAAUUUAUGAUCCUUUAAACUAUUUAC